AUGAUUUCAGUUUUGGUUGAGUACCUCGACCAUUUCAUUAAUUCGAGUCAAGAAAAAAUCAAGGAACACUUCGGAUCCGGAUCAGGAAAAAUCAAGGUUCCCCACCCUUCCUCACAUUUUUCUUUACACAUCAAGGCCUCUCUAAAACUUUUUGUUUUAAUCUCGGAAUAUACCUAUAUAGAUUUUUUUGGAAGUUUUAAAGUAACAAAAGGGUAUCUACAAAAACCACAAAACCCAACAAAACAACAAUACAAAAAAGGAAAUGGCAAAACAAAAUUUGUGUGUUGCCCCCCCUCCUCUCCCUCACUUUUUUCUUUUUUCCGUUACUUUUAUUUUUGUUGUUUUCCUCUGUUUUCCCUCCGAAAUUGUUUAGCUCCCCAAGUAAAAGAGAGAGGAAAUGACCACAAAAAGAAAGAAAGGGAAAAAACACACCAUUUGUUGAAAGGGCAAAGCAAUUGA